AUCAAAAGAAGACAUGUUGAGAAUGAUGCACGUGCACCAUUUUAGUUUGAUUGUAUUCAGCGAGAGUCCAUGGUGAAAGAUGUAAUGAUGAGUAAUGAUGCUGCUUUAAGGGCAGAUUCUGCUUGACAAAAUCCGUGCUUGCGUUUUCGGUCAAGAUUUAUAUAAUCUCCAGAUGGAAUAGAAGGUAACAGGUGUUUUUAUUGAUUAUUGUUGUUGGUAUAUACAGUUUGAGUUUUCCAUGUACAUGUGUAUAGUGCCAGCUACCUUCCCCUCAGAGUAGACCGUGCAGGCAUCGCACCAGAUAUAUAUAUAUAUAUAUAUAUAUACCGGUACUGGAUGAAACAGAGACGUGCUGUGAUGAGAGGUCGUCAGAGAUGGGGUCAACUUCUCGUGCUGAUGGUCACGGCGUUCGUCUGCUUUAACGUGUGGUUAACUCUGCGACUGAAAACCAACACCAGUCCAGCUGAAAGUAGUGACGUCAUAGUUAUUAACGCAAGAGCUCGCCAAAGUGAAAGAAAUACUAAAGACGUGCUGGGGCAUUUCACGCCUGAUGCUACUCCCUCAAAGCCACCAGUACCGCUUUUACCACAAACACAACUCAGUGACAAUUACAACCUCACCAUCGUUACUGCGUCCAACAAAAAAUUUUACAAAGCAUUGGUUAACUUUGUUGGGUCCGUGCACUUCUGGGAACCCUCCACAAAUCUCGUUAUUUAUGACUUGGGUCUCCGAGAAUCGCAACGAGAGUUCAUCCAAACAUGGUGCCGCACGGAACUCUUAAAAUUCGAUUUCAAAUCGUUUCCGCCCCACUUUGCGACCGUGGAUCAAUUUGCUUGGAAACCGAUCAUAAUCAGAGAGGCGGUCCGAAGAUUUGGGGUCAUCCUGUGGUCGGACGCAGGGAGCGAUAUUCGUGGCCCUCUCACCAAAAUACGAGAAUAUCUCCACCUGGACAAAUAUUUCUUUGUGCAGGGUCAAGACACAGACAUGGUAGAAACGUGCCACAAAAUGAUGUUCGAUUACUUGCAUCAAAACGUCACACGUUUCAAAGGAAAAUAUUCAUAUGCCGGGGGACUUCACGGCUGGGUAAAAGACAGCCGUGCUUUCAAUGAAAUCCUCCAGCCCUGGGUGACAUGCGCAAUGAAUGUAGACUGCAUAUCCCCCAAUGGCGCAAGUUUGUACGAUCACCGGUUCGAUCAGUCUGCCUUGUCUAUCCUCGCCCAUUCCUCUGGGCUGAAUAUCACGGCUCACACCGAGCUUCUGGCGGCCCACAGAAGUCAAGUUAAUAAAGACAAGAGCGUGGAGAGCCCCAUGAUAGUUCACACAGCCCGGGGAAGGAAUAGAGACUAUAUGGAAUUUUUAUGUUAUGACAUUAGCAAGUGGGACAGAAAAAGGGAGGGUAGAGAUAUUAAUUUUUAUUGAUUUUAAUUGCAUUUUAAUUUAUAAACAUAUAAGUGAUUUUUUAAUGAACAGACACUUGUAUGAAGAUGAGCGCGCGUCUGCGGUAGAAAUGAUGCUGCAAUGAGUAGGCCAUUACAGUCUAGUAAAAAGAGAAACAAGCGCUUCUUCUCAUCUGUCAAACUUUUACUGUUAUCUUUCUAAAACGAUACUCCACAAGAUCCACACAAUGGUAAUUGUGCCCCGUUCACCGCUGUUUUGUUAUUCGUUUCCAUUACCUCCAUACCUCGACCCCUUCACCUCAAUCAUAUCAGCUCGACCUCCAGGUCAUCCACCCUGGGAGUCACGGUACUCUCUGAGACAGCACGUCUGUUCUGGGAUAGGGCACGUUCUCUGUCUGGCCUCCGAACUUCAGGGUGAGCAUAGCCUAUUCUCCUCCUACAUGGUUAUCGUCAUUGAUUUUUGCUUUUGUUUGAUUGAACGGUUUUAUAAAGUUAAGGAUGCUAUGAAUUUUUACAGGAAAAUUUCACGCAAAGAUAGAGCUGGCGAGGAGAGCAACUCAAAACGGAAAUAUUCAGGCAUGGGCCUAAGUUUCGGUGGAGGGGGGUUGCUAUGCAAUAAAAGGAGAUUUUCUUUGUUUUGGUCAUUUUUCCUCCCCUGGGAUGCUACAGGGCCUUGCACUGAUGUGUUUUCAUUUAUGUCUUCACGUGUUUUGUACAUUACUGAACUAUCUUUUUAACUCAAUAGUGAAUAACAAUAAAUGGGUAAAUAAGACUAUGAAUAAACUAUUAUAUACUAAGUAAUACUAAUACGGGCUGGAAUUAGUUACCGAAAUAAUAAUAGUCUACUUCCGUGAGGAGUGAAAUAACCUGCUAGAGAUUUGAAAGUCAAAAGAACCGUUUUGGUUAUUAUUUUCGACAUGAUCAGCCAGUGCAAGUUAAAGAUAAUUCGUGUGAUAUGCUCAAAUUUUACAAAUUGUUUAACAAUCUUUCUAAAAUAUCUAGCGUUGAAAGGGCUGGAUGGAAGCUUGUACAAAAUGGCGGGAAUUAUAUAUAUUUCAUUUCUGAUAUCCAGAUUCCUUGCUGAUGCAAACUCAUAGUUUCAUGAUUCACAAAAUAAUUUUUUUCUGAAUAAAAUUAAACGUCACGAAUUUGGCGUGUAAAAAGCAUGACCGCACUUAACUCCAACUACUGAGAAAGUGGAUGUUGUUUCACACUAACUAAGUGCGUGUGGAACUGCUUUUAACUUGAUUUAAGUGUUUGUGUUUUGCGGUUUACAUUAAACCGAACUGAUACAUAAUUGGUGUGUGCAAGUUUUUCAAAAAUAAUUUUGCAGAUUUGUGGUUCACUUUAUGCAACCAGUUUGACGCGAAAAAAACAUGAGUUGAACAUAACGCAUACUAAAUACCUCUGUUGUUUUAAUCUGAUAUCGCUUCAUGUGCUUGUCCUUGCCUCGAAGUGUACUUUUAACUGAUAUGCCCUUACUAGUGUUACCUUUGUGCUUUUCAAAAUAAUUUCAAAGGCAAUCUUAAUGUAAUAAUUUUGACCUUGAGAGAACACAUACAAACCGUCCCUAAUAAGUCUGUUUAGAAACUAAAUAAGUGCUUGGCCUCAAUGUUUGUUCCCAUUCCUGUACACGCAUACCAACGGGGUUAUGUUUUUAUCAUUCCGACAAACAAGAAAAGAUUAAAAGCUUUAUUAUAUCAAAUUAGCCAACUACGCUACAAUUUUAGGUCCAGUAUACUUUUUUGAUACUAGCAAGCGCCGAUGAGUAGGAAGUUUUAGGUAAAUAUAGAUAAAAUAACCACACAACCUUUGAGUAGCCAGUUCUGUGCCUUUUCUCUUAUUCAGAGCAUUGGUCUAGAUCUUUUCUUGAUAAUUUCUGGUCUUAUUCUAUUUUACCUUUUGUGUACUGAAUUUUGACAGCAUGACAAUAAAAUUAAUCAGACUCCGCAAAUCCUUUUUUUAUUUAUCGUUAUUUUUUCACAUUUAGCUAGAGAGACAAAGAAACUGAUUGUCAACAAUCUGGAUACAAAAUAAAUUGUGUUGUUUCAGCUGGAAUGGUGCAACUGACAACAAUUUUUAAUAAAAUCGUUCAACAUAAGCGCAACGCUGACCUCCAUGACUACCCCAUAUCCUCCUUCAAAGAAG